AUGUUGGAGUAUGCUGCCUCUGACGUAGCUCUGCUGCUCCGAUUGGGCAAGGCAAUGUACCUUGACCUCGUGCAGAAGAGUGUAUCAUUGCCUGGAAGUUCGGUAUCCGCCACUACCAAUAUGUGGGAAGUCGCUGCAAGGGCGUCACAGUUACGCGUGAACGGUACAUUUAAGGUAAGACGGUCCCAUUUUGAACGUUUGUUUAAAAGCGAGUUUGCUCGUGGAGGGUUUUUAUUAGAGAUGUGCGAACUUGGUUUACAGCAUUUCUCCGAAGAGGAGAGCGUCGUUCUCUAUGGAAGGGUAGGGUUUAAGGGUAGAGUUAGUACGGCUUG